UGUCAUCAUUAAUGGAGGUAUACCAUUUACCUACUAGUAGAUGGGAGCAGAAACCCACCACUGGUAAUCCUCCACUGGGUAUCUUAGGCUAUGUAUCUGCUGCCAUUGGAAAUGAGAUAUUUUAUUUUGGUGGAGGGUGUAAUCAUGAUAGCUGUUAUCAUAAUAGCCUGUACAGUUUUAAUGUUGAUACAUUCACUUGGAGGGAACUCUCGCCUACUACUCCUCAUCAUGGACCAAUGAUAAAAGCCCACUGUAGCAUGGUAGCAUUUCAACUGAACGGUAAGGAUUAUCUAGCAGUAAUUGGAGGACAAGGACCAUCUUCUAACAAUACACCCACACAACCUAAUGCUCAGUAUAACAGCAAAGGAAUGGCUCCUGGUCUUAAACGAACUAAUGAGAUUCAUUAUUAUAAACUAUCAUCUGGUAAAUGGAGUUCGCCUAAUGUUACUGGAGACAGGCCACCUCCUACCAGUUACUUUACUUUAACAUCAAUUACCAAUGACUGUGCCAUAUUGUUUGGUGGGGCUACUCCUAAUGGAUCCAGUAACAAUACUUAUAUUGUUAAUUUUAGCCACACAUCAGUUAAUUUCUCUAAUCUUGGAGUAUCAGUACAAAAGCCUAAGAAACAGUAUGCUCAUUCCAGUGUAUUUAUUAAUAGUAAAUUAGGACCACACCUACUAGUGGUGGGUGGAUAUUCUAAAGAUGAUUGCUGGUUACUUGAUGUUAAUAAACGAAGGUGGAAACAACUGUCAAAUUUACCAACAAGAGUCACUGAUAGACGGUGUCAUUCUAUGUCAGUGUGGAGUAUAACACCAACCAUUGACUGGAUAAUUGUGUUUGGAGGAGGUUCUAGAUACAAAGAUACAGCAGUUAUUGAACUCAGAUAUAUUGAUAAUAAUUGGUCUGUUAGUGAAAUACCUUUAACACCUUUGGACCAAUAUCAAGAGAAACUACGAGAAAGGAGAAGAGAAUGGGAAGCAUCUCAACCUGUCCAACCUCAUCAUCAUCAAAACAAGGAAAGAGAAACAAAACUACCAACUCAACAGCUACAAGAAAAAGGAAGGGAACUUCAGAAGGACAGAAGAGAAAUAGAUCGCCUGACACGUUUACUGCAAGAAAGGGAAAGAGAACUAAAGGAGGAGAGAAUAGAAAAGGAACAAGUUAGAACCAGACUACAGGAACAACUUGAAUCAAGAGAGAGGGAAUCUCAAGAAAGAGAGCAACAGCUUCAAAGAGAAAUAGAAAGAGCUCAGGAAGAGAAGAAUCAAAUACUAAGACAACAAGAAAGAGAAAGCGAAGAGAGAGAGCAACAACUCCAGACACAGCUUCAACAAGAAGUCCAAGGAAGGGAGAGGGAGGUUCAACAAGCCCUGAAUCUACAGCAGCAGCUUCAGCAAGAAGUUCAAGAGGGAAGGGAGAGAGAACAGAAUCUUCAACAACAACUUCAAGAAACAGAAAGACAACUUCAGCAACAGUUAAGAGAGAGGGAUGAGCAUGAGCUGAGGGAGAGAGAGUCUUCAUGGAUAGUGAGUAGGAAUGAUAUUAUAAUGACAGGAAGAGUUCUUGGUAGAGGAGGAUGGGCAGAGGUCAGAGUAGCUAGUUUCCAUGGACUGGAAGUUGCUGCAAAGGUCCUUCAUGACACCAUCAUUUCAGAAUAUAAUCUAUCACUGUUCUCUCGUGACAUCAAUAUAGCUUCUAAAAUACGUCAUCCUAACCUCCUUCAGUUCAUAGGAGCCACUACAGAGGGUAAUCCAAUCAUCCUGACAGAGCUAAUGCCGACCAGCCUAAGAAAGGAAUUAGAGACUGGAGGACUGGCCUAUCAUGCUGUAUUAGACAUCAGUUUAGAUGUAGCCUUUGCUCUCAAUUACCUUCAUCUCUUCAAGCCUCAUCCUAUACUGCACAGAGAUGUCAGCAGUGCUAAUGUACUCCUUCAGUCAAUAGGCCAUGGAUGGAGAGCCAAGCUAUCAGACUAUGGCCAACCUUUCAUUGACAGGACCACUAAUCCUGGUAAUCCUGUCUAUUCAGCACCUGAAGCAGCCAAUCCAAGGGAACACUCUCCUGCAAUGGAUGUCUUCAGUUAUGGUGUCCUCCUUGUAGAGAUGGUAUCACGUCGUAUACCAUUACCAGAUGAAAGGAGAGCUCUUAUUGAUGGUAUUAGAAGAGCCUCGUUUAGGUCUCUUGUUCAAUGUUGCCUGAUAGUUGAGUAUAGACAACGUCCAACAAUGAAUGAUAUCAUAACUGAACUGAAGGAAACAAUCUAUUAGCAUGAGUGCUUGCAAUUUUUACUAUUUUUAUUUGUUUUAAUUUUUUAUACUCUAGACUGUGCCCUUAUGCUUAUGUGCAUUUUGUAAUUAUCAGUAACUGAAACUAAUUCUUCUAUUGUUUGUGGUAUUUUUAGAUUGACGUUUAGUUUUGAAAAAUUUG